AUGGAAACAGGAAUAGCUAACUUGUCCGCGUCUUCAAACAAGACUAAAUCAAGAUGCCCGCUGCAAGAACAGCUUCUUCAUAGAAGAAAUUCGCAGGAAAAUCUGGACCGGUUCAUACCAAACAGAUCGGCUAUGGAUUUCGAUUAUGCUCACUACAUGCUCACAGAAGGCCGAAAAGGUAAGGAAAAUCCAUCUGCAGUCUCAUCUCCGUCGAGGGAGGCCUAUAGGAAGCAGCUUGCAGAGACCUUCAACAUGAACAGGACUCGCAUUCUUGCCUUCAAGAACAAGCCGCCAACCCCAGUGGAAGCCAUCCCGAAUGAGUUUGCAUCAGCCGCUCACCAAGUCAAAUCUGCCAAGCCCCGCAGGCACAUUCCUCAGACUUCUGAGAGGACAUUAGAUGCCCCUGAUCUCGUUGAUGAUUACUAUUUGAAUCUGCUCGACUGGGGCAGCAGCAAUGUUCUUUCGAUCGCUCUUGGAAAUACGGUGUACUUGUGGGAUGCUUCUGAUGGAUCAACAUCGGAACUUGUGUCGAUCGAUGAGGAAUUUGGUCCGGUGACUAGUGUCAAGUGGGCUCCUGAUGGGAGGCAUAUUGCUGUAGGUCUGAACAAUUCAGAAGUUCAGCUAUGGGAUUCCACAGCUAAUAGACUACUCCGAACCCUGAGAGGCGGGCACAGGUCCCGUGUGGGUGCCCUCGACUGGAACAACCACAUUCUUACUACUGGAGGCAUGGACGGGCGUAUCAUCAACAACGAUGUGAGAGUGAGGGCCCACAUAGUGGAGAGCUACGAGGGACACCAGCAGGAGGUGUGUGGGCUCAAAUGGUCGGCCUCUGGCCAGCAGUUGGCUAGCGGUGGUAACGACAAUCUUCUCCACAUAUGGGACCGGUCGGCAUCCUCCCGGUGGCUCCACAGACUGGAGGACCACACUGCCGCCGUCAAGGCCCUAGCCUGGUGUCCCUUCCAAGGGAACCUGCUGGCCACCGGAGGGGGUGGCGGAGACAGGAGCAUCAAGUUCUGGAACACACAUACUGGGGCCUGUUUGAAUUCGGUGGACACGGGAUCACAGGUUUGCGCUCUCUUGUGGAACAAGAACGAGAGGGAGCUUCUCAGCUCGCACGGUUUUACGAAUAAUCAGCUAACGGUCUGGAAAUACCCCUCCAUGGUGAAGAUGGCUGAGCUCACAGGUCAUACGUCACGAGUGCUGUUUAUGGCUCAGAGCCCAGAUGGAUGCACGGUUGCGAGUGCAGCAGGGGAUGAGACGCUUAGGUUUUGGAAUGUGUUUGGGACUCCUCAAGUGGCUAAGCCUGCUGCACCUAAGGCAUCAACCACCGAACCUUUUGCCCACUUGACCCGCAUUAGAUGA